AUGUUGAUGAAUUCAUUUGGUGCCUCUCGAAAACGACCAUUUGGUUCAGAUAAAGAAAACGUAUGGUCAUCUAUGUUGGGAAUAGCAGUGUAAGUAGAAUUUUCUUUUCUU